UUAUUAUUUACUCGGAGCUGUUCCUUGUGGCCGUAGGGUUUCUGAUAAUAGAAGGUGAAAAUAUGCACAAGUUGUUCCCAAACUUCACACUAAAGCUUGGGAAUCUCAAAAUGGAUGGGAGAAAUUCUUUUACUAUUGUUGCAGGGGCUAUGAUUUUUCCUUCGAUAUUGCUUACCGAUUUGGGGGUUUUAUCGUAUAUUUCUUUUGGAGGGGCGAUCUCUUCAGUUAUUAUUGUCGCAGCAGUUUUAUGCGUUGGGACCACGAAAGGGGUUGGAUUUCAUGAAAAAGGAAACCUCGUGAAUUUCAAAGGGUUGCCCGCUGCACUUAGCUUGUACACAUUUAGUUAUGGUGGUCAUGCCAUGUUCCCUGCAAUUUACAACUCCAUGAAAAAGAAAAGCGAGUUUCCUAAGGUUUUGCUUCUAAGCUUCAUAACAUGCACAAUCAUAUAUGCCUCCAUGGCAAUUGUGGGCUACCUUAUGUAUGGCCAUAAUAUUCAGUCUCAAGUCACACUGAACUUACCCAAAGAAAAAAUCAGCUCAAAGGUUGCAAUCUACACCAUAUUAGCAGGCCCAAUUGCCAAAUACGCGUUGACCAUAAUGCCCAUAUCCACUGCCAUAGAAAGUUGCUUACCAGAAAAUUAUCGCGAAAAAAAGCCUCUACGCAUCCUAAUCAAGAUGCUUUUACUGGUCAGUACGGUUGUUUUGGCCAUGCUGGUUCCGUCUUUCGAAACCGUGACAUCCCUGACUGGAGCACUUCUUAUCAUAUUGGUAUCGUUCUUGCUCCCUUGUGUUUGUUACCUGAAGAUUUUCAAAAUUUACAAACAUUUUGGGUACGAGCUAGCUGGUAUUUCGGGGAUAAUAUUGUUGGCAAUAUUGGUGGGCGUGCUGGGGACUUAUUCGGCGAUUGCUCAUAUUAUAAAGGAAGCUUAGGGGAAAAACUUUGCUAGCUAGUAACCGUUGUUUUUG